GCAGACUUCUCCUAACUGGAUACAAUUCAAGAACAGCCCAUCAGGGAACAACAAGCAUCAAAACCUCAUCAUCAAGACUAAGCUGAUGAGGCAAAUCUAACUCCUUCUUUAUAACAAAGAAGAAAAGUUCUCCAGUGACAUCCACUUUCAGCCAACAGAACCAACCAUGCCUCCUCAGCUGCAGUCCCAGAACAAGGCAGGCGUCCGGGUUGUCCAGGGGGACCUGGGUGCAUUGAGCCCGGCCGUCAAGGAGUUUGUAGAGACUAACAUCAACCUGUGUCAGCCCGAAUCACUGCACAUCUGUGACGGCUCUGAAGAGGAGAACCACACCAUCCUGGCCAAACUGGAGGAGCAGGGCAUGAUCAAGAAGCUGACCAAAUAUGAGAACUGCUGGCUGGCCCGGACAGACCCCAGAGACGUGGCCCGCGUGGAGAGCAAGACGGUCAUCGUGACCCAGGAGCAGAGGGACACGGUUCCGUCUCCACGAGUAGGUGGCAUCAGCCAGCUUGGGCGCUGGAUGUCUCAGGAGGAGUUGGACAAGGCUAUGGACCUACGCUUCCCAGGCUGCAUGAAAGGUUGUACUAUGUACGUGAUCCCCUACAGCAUGGGGCCUGUGGGCUCCCCCCUGUCUAAGAUCGGAGUGGAGCUGACUGACUCACCUUAUGUGGUGGCCAGUAUGAGGGUGAUGACCCGCAUGGGCAAGGCUGUGCUGGCCGCACUGGGAAACAGAGACUUUGUGCGCUGCCUUCACUCUGUGGGCUGCCCCCUGCCACUCAAAAAGCCCCUGGUCAAUAACUGGCCAUGCAACCCUGAGCUCACCCUGAUCGCCCACAUUCCUGACCGUAGAACAAUUGUGUCCUUUGGCAGUGGCUACGGAGGGAACUCCCUGUUGGGAAAGAAAUGCUUUGCACUCCGCAUUGCCUCCCGCAUCGCCAUGGAGGAGGGCUGGCUGGCCGAACACAUGCUGAUCCUGGGCAUUUCUAACCCUGCUGGUCAAAAGAAGUAUAUUGCAGCUGCGUUCCCCAGUGCCUGUGGCAAAACCAACCUGGCCAUGCUCAGUCCCACACUCCCCGGCUGGAAGGUGGAGUGCGUUGGGGACGACAUCGCCUGGAUGAAGUUUGAUGACGAAGGCAACCUGAGAGCCAUUAACCCAGAGAACGGCUUCUUUGGUGUGGCACCUGGAACCUCAGCAAAGACCAACCCCAACGCCAUGGAAACCAUUUGCAAGAACACCAUCUUCACCAAUGUGGCCGAGACUAGUGAUGGUGGUGUCUACUGGGAGGGCAUGGACCAGGAACUCCCUGAGGGAGUCACGGUGACCUCCUGGAAGAACAACCCCUGGACAUCCCAGGAUGGAGAGCCCUGCGCACAUCCAAACUCCCGCUUCUGCACUCCAGCUAGUCAGUGUCCCAUCAUUGACCCCCAGUGGGAGUCGCCUGAGGGUGUCCCAAUUGAAGCAAUCAUCUUUGGGGGACGUAGACCUGAAGGUGUCCCCCUGGUUUACGAGGCCUUUAGCUGGCAACACGGCGUGUUUGUCGGAGCUUCCAUGAGAUCAGAAGCCACAGCUGCCGCAGAGCACCAAGGCAAGUUGAUCAUGAAUGACCCCUUCGCCAUGCGGCCCUUCUUCGGCUACAACUUUGGACGUUACCUGUCCCACUGGCUGAGCAUGGCCGGGCGGCCCAAUGCCAAGCUGCCGAAGAUCUUUCACGUCAACUGGUUCCGCAAGAGCCAGUCCGGCAGCUUCCUGUGGCCUGGCUUCGGGGACAACAUCCGCGUGCUGGAGUGGAUGUUCCGCAGGUUGGAUGGAGAAGCCGGAGCCAUGCCCUCCGCCGUGGGCUACCUGCCCUGUAAGGGCUCCCUGAACCUGGAGGGCCUGGGGGAGAACCAGGUGAACCUGGAGGAGCUGUUUAGUCUGUCUAAGGACUUCUGGCAAAAGGAGGUGGAGGAUAUUAGGGCCUACUUUGACAUCCAGGUUAAUGAUGAUCUUCCCAAUGAGGUGGCCAAGCAGCUAGAGUGUCUUGAGCACAGGGUGAGGCAGAUGUAGGGAGAGAUAGAGACAGAGAGCGAUAAAGAGAAAUGUGGCACUUCUGAGCCCAAAAGCCCUUAGACCUCCACAGACUAGAGAAUAGAGAUCAUUCUAGAAUAUUUAACUGAGCUAGUUAGCUCACUUUAGAAACCUGCUGUGUAGAUAACUUUAAUUUUCCUCAAAGUUGUUUUCUAAUUCUCUUGUAAAACAGAAAUCCUCCACUGUUACAUUAGCAUAUUUACACUUGAAUAAGAUUAGCGAUGAAUUUAAGAAUAUCUGGGAACAGUCUUUGUAGUCCCAAUUGAUCAGUUGCUCAUCUCUGUUUUCAAAGCAUAUGAUGCAGUCCAAACAACUGAUGUCUGUGUUAUUUAACAAUAACUUAUUAACGCACAAUAGCCAAAGCCAUAUGUUUAUAUGGUAGUUCCAUGUUGGUACAGCGGGUUAGAGGUGAACAUUGCUGUACCAUGGACCCAACCACCUACAUGUAUUUCACCCCUACACAUCUCAAAUGUGUGUAGGUCUUCACUGUUUCUGUUUUGUUAUGUCCUAAUUUAUUUUUGUACUCUAUCGUAUUGCCUUGUUGUUUCUUUGUUGUAAUUUGAAAUCUCAAAAGGAAGACAACAAUAAACUUUAUUUAAACUUUAAAUUCA